GAGAUCUGUUUAUGCCAUGCCACAAUUACCCACAAACCCUUCUGAGACAGUGAGAUCUGUUUAUGCCAUGCCACAAUUACCUACAAACCCUUCUGAGACAGUGAGAUCUGUUUAUGCCAUGCCACAAUUACCCACAAACUAUUCUGAAACUGAUAGGGCCAUUUACUCUGUGCCUCAUUUACCCACAAACACCUCUGCAGUGUAGUGUCCAGUUUAUGCAAUGGUCCAGUUACCCAAAGUUCGCAAAACAUAACCAUGUCAUGACGUCAAACCAGACUUUCCAGUAAGACCUAGCCAUGCAUCAAACCUUAAACCUUGUCUGACAUAGAUGUAUUCACACACAGUAGGUGGAAUGGAUUGACCAUGACUAUAGUAGUUUCUGAUGAUCAUAAAGAACGCAGUACAAUUCUGAAAACUGCAGUUCUACUUCUUCCAAAUUGCCACUUCUGCAUUACUGACAACUGUGUCCAAAUUUUCAGUUCCAAAAAACUAUUUGUUGUACCACAUUUUAACUCGUGACACUGUUGAAGCAGAACUGCAGCAUUGUUAAAGCACUGCAGAGGAAUGAGGGCCAGGAAGACCUGCUGUACUUCUCACAUUUCUUCCCAUGUUGACCAAUGUCUGCAACACAAUGUAGGGAAUUACAAAUCAGCAAUUUUAUUAAGGACUGACAUCAAAAUGUAUAGUGAAUCAAAUAGUAUAGUAUGGAAACUGUACAUGAACAUCUGUGGUAUAAAUAUAUAUAAUAAAUAAACCAUUCAAUGGUAAACAGAGGUUGUAUGCAUGAUAGACAAGGUACAAUAUUAAGUAUUUUAAUAUUAAAUCAUAUCAUAUUACAUUUUAAUCGCAGAUUCGAAAUUUCCAUAACUGUGAGAAAUCCGCUCAUUUCUCUCUCAAUUGCUUCUACCUCAGAAACCAACAGUGCGUCCGUCGUGCUCCCUUAUUCCCGCUUUUUUCUCACCCCGUUCCCACCCAGUCCGCGUGCACUCGCGCAGUUCUAAAGUUAACCGCCAGACUGACUGAAAGACUUGCAGCUCAGUAGAAAGACAUCAAGCCUUAAAUGUGUUUCUUAGUGCCAUAAUCAUCCCUGGGCUACAAAACUACUUUCUAAAACAAAAUAAUUGCUCUGGCUUUCAUCAAUACUCGAGUGCAUUCACUAUAACUAUAACAGAAGUCUGUACAGGAGCUUCUGAGGUUCGUUAUGUCUGUUACGUCAAGCUGAAUAUUUAAGUAUAACGCUUAAGGAUUUAAAGGAAUAGUUCACCCCAAAAUUUUAAUUGGGCCAGAUGUCAAGACUUAGUGAAUAAGGUGGAUUAAACCACUUGAGUCGUAUGGAUGACCUUUAUGCUGCCUUUAUGUCCUUUGUUCUAGCUUGAAGACUUAUACUGUAUGGACAAAAACACCUCAUAAAUUCUUCAAAGGUAAUUUUAGUUUGCAACAACAUUAGGGUUCCCAACAUCACGCAAAUACUGAACAAUACAGAACGGGAUAAAUAUGGGAUUGCGGGGUCAGCGGUAAGGGGAGGGGGUCCUCUAAGCAUUUUGAGGCUUCAAUAUUGGACACGAUGCCCUUAAUACAACAAGUCUUGAGCACUUUGAGCUCAAAAUACGGGACAAAUCAUUUGAUCUUGUUACAAAAUUGUGACCAUUUUAUUUUUCUUGCACUCCAGUGUGAACAUUCUUCUGCCCAAGGACUGGAAGGUUUGACUGGUUAGCAUGGCCCUGCUGGUGGAUGCCGAAACUACACCACCAUGGGAUUUGUUAAAUUGAAGCUUUAAAAAAUAAAUAAUCAGUAACACAUCAUAUAAUCAGACAUGGCUUUUUUCUAAAGGAACAGUUCACCCAGAAAUGCCAUCUCAUGCCAUCCCAGAUGAUUUUUAGAAGAAUAUUUUUGCUCUGUCCAUACAGUGCAAGUGAAUGGAUGCCAAAACUUUGACUCUCCAAAAAGCAAAUAAAUGCAGUAUUAAAGUAAUUUAAUAAGACUCCAGUGGUUACAUCCAUGUCUUUUGAAGUGAUAUGAUAGGUGUGAGUGAGAAACAGAUUAAUAUUUAAGUCCUUUUUUUUUUUUUUUACAAUUAAUGUCCACUUUCACUUCCAAAUUCUUUUUCUUGUAUUUUGGUGAUUCAAAUUAUUUGUGCACAUUGCCCCCUACUGGGCAGGGAAGAGAAUUUAUCUUAAAAGGACUUAAAUAUUGAUCUGUUUCUCAGAAUAUAUGGAUUAAACCCUGAAGUCUUAUGGAUUAUUGUAUGCUCUUAUGUGCUUUUUGGUCCUUCAAAAUGUUGGUCACCAUUUGAUUUUAUUUGACUUGCAUUGUAUGGAGCUACAGAGCUGAAAUAUUCUUCUAAAAAUCUUUAUUCAUGUUCUGCAGAAGACAGAGUCAUACACAUCUGGGACUUCAUGAGGGUGAGUAAAUGAUGAGAGCUACCAUCACUUUAAGAGGUCAAUGCUUUGUGUUAAAUGUUGCUUCACCAGCAGAGAGCACUCUUUAUAACAAUCAUCACAUAAAGUAACACAAGGGUGAGAGGAAGGAAGUGUAUUUGUGUCUGUCAGUCAAAAAGAGAGGGUGAAAGAAAGAGAAGUACAAAGGGAUGGCAAAAUACAAGCUCAAACGGAGGCAGAUGUGUGGAAGACAUAAAUUCAGUAUUUUUCUUCUAUCCAUCUACAUCUCAAAUGUGUUCUGUGCUGAUGCAGGGGUCACGACAUACACUUCAUAUGAGGGAGGAAGUGUUGAUAUCAGAUGCCCUUAUGAGCCCGGAUAUGAAGAUAACAUAAAGUAUCUCUGCAGAGGAAAAUGCUCCACUGUGCCGUUUGUUUCAAAGGACAUACCCAUUCAAUCUGGAGUGCCAGCUAAAGAUCAGAGAUUCACUUUGAAUGACGACACCAGAGACAGAAUCUUCACUGUCACUAUAACAGAUCUGAAACCAGAUGAUGGAGGACAGUACUGGUGUGCUAUAAAUAAAAUUAUAUCUGAUGUCUACACAAAGAUUCAAGUAAAUAUCAGAAAAGUGGUCCAACAGUCUGGUAUAAAAGGAAAGGAGCUACACAUCAGAUGUCAUUAUGAACAUGAUGCCAAACAAAUGGACAAAUUCUUCUGUAAAGGAAAAGACCCAUCCGUGUGUGAGACAUCUGGGAUCAAAGUUUCAGCUGAGACAAACAAAACUGGCAGAUUUUCUCUGAGUGAUGAUAUAUCUGCAAGAGAUUUUAUUGUGACCAUCACUGAUCCAAGAGAAGAGGAUUCUGGGAUAUACUGGUGUGGAUAUGUCUUAAACGGAACACAUAAUGAGUGGAUUUCAGCAAUUGAUCUAAAGAUUUAUGAAGGUUUCAUAAGUAUCAUUAUGCUGCUGGUUAUUGGCAUGCUGUUGGUGUUUGGAUUCUUGGUGAUUGUUUACAUCAGAUGGAAACAAAAGAAAAAAGAACUGCAGUUCAGAGGAGCUGUUCAUUAUUCAACGCAGAAUCUGCCCAAUGGAGAGAUUGGAAAAACUAAAGAAGGCACUCAUAUCGUCUGUGAUUAUGAAGAGAUCCAUCUGACAAAUGAGCAUCCUGACUACAGUUUGGUUUAUGAUGUAUUUGGUGAAGAUGACGCCUCUGAUUAUGCUGUAGCACAAUUACCCAGCAUCGCCUCUGAUAGUGUCACUUAUUCCACAAUCACAUUAGAGAAUACAGCUCAUUCAGACAGAAACUCUCCUGAUGGACAGACAACAUGUGACUAUGCAACUGUUAAUCCAUGAAAGACUCAUCCAUGAGUAACGGGUUGAUUAACAGACAAACCUAUGCUAAGAUUUACGCAUUGUAAUUUCAUAAAAAAAAUUAAAUAAUCCAUCAAAACGAAUCUAUAACAAAAUAAAAAAAAUUUAAAUAACGUUUUAUUAAUUUACAUUUUAUUUAAAAAAAUACACAAUUCAAUUAAAUUUUGUUAAAAAAAUUGAAAUGUGUAAAUCUUAAAAAUAAGCUAAAAUAUUUUUGAAGGUAAACACUCCAAACAAAAGAAUUCACACUGGUGAUCAAAAGUUUGAAGUAAUGUACAGAUUUUGCUCUUAUGGGAAGAAAUUGGUAGUUUUAUUCACCAAAGUGGUUCAUCUGAUCACAAAGUAUAGUCAGGACAUUACUGAUGUAAAAAAAACAUCACCAUCGCUAUUUGAAAAAAGUAAUUUUUUAUCAAAUCUAGACAGCAGCAUCACUCCAACACCUUAUCCUCGAGUAUUCAUGCUAAAGAGUCUCUAGUUUGAGAAUAGGCGCCUCACACGUCCUCCGCUGACAGCUUCAUUGAAUUCUACCCGCUCAACACCAGUUUCAUGUACAACAGUAAAGAGAAGACUCGGGAGGACUUGUGGGAAUAAAUUUCAGAUUGUCCUUUAUUUAGCCAUGAGUCCUUAAUCAGUGUAAGUAAUAUGCAUAAUGAACAUUUUUGUUAGUGGACAAAGAAAAUGUUUUCAUUCACAGUUAUAUUAUUGUUAUUCCAAAAUGCCUGUGUAGGUUUUUGUAAGUUAUUGUGCAUUACAAGGUUUGCUGUGUGUAAAUUGAGUCUGAAGUGUGAUUUACUUUACAGUAAUGUUAUAGUCAGGAUGCAUGAACUGUUGGAGCACUUUUUAAUAAUUUAUCCAUGUUUUUGUUUUGUUUGUUUGUUUGUUUUUUGGCUGGGGACCAUAAUCUAGAAACCAUAAAGGUACCAUGAUAUAUCCAUAAUAUUGCAGGAAAAAUAAGGGAUACAUUAUUAUCCAAUAAAUCCCAAAUGUGGAACUCUACGGUCUAGAACGUUUGUUGGAAGAAGUUGUUUGAAGAGAGUAUACAGCGCCCCAUCAGGUUUAAGGUGAAAGUGCGAUUCUAGAAAGGAUUAUUUCGUUUGACAGGUCUAAAAGUGAUGACGCAAUGCAGCUGUUUUAAAAGUGAAAGUAACGCGCAUUUGAGAGCAGUUGUCGCUUGUGUUUAAAUAUUGUUUUCUAGUGCGUGCUGCCCUUAAACAAUCUGAAAGCCGUUUCCGCGAUGUAGCAUUUUUAUCCAGGUGAGAAAAAACAGCUGUUUCUUAGAACUGAAGGCGUGUUUUUCUUUCUUUAAGAACAAUUAGCUAAUAUCGCAGUCCUUGCAUCCAUCCAUUGUUUUUGCGAGUUUUAACUUUGAUUAACUUUUUAUGAAUUAUCGUUUGAUGUUCACUCAUGUCUCGAUAUUUGGUCUUCUAACCUCCACGAACUGAGCUAACUUUGUAUUGAAAAAGUCUGUCUAGAAAGUCAGUCCACCGUCGGUCAUUUUUGGAACACUCUCAGGAUGUUAUUUCUAGUCAUGAGAGUGCAGCUCCUAUCUUCUUGAAUGGGAAAAGACCGAAAUCUCAAAUAUGGUUGGUCAAGAUUAAAAAUAAAAGAUAUAUUGCAUAUCAUCAAUAAAAUCU